AUGUCCCUCCUCCUCCCACCACCGUCGCUCUUCCAUUCCAACUCCGCCGGCCAAAAUUUGCUAACUGUUGAUGCCACACGCUCCUUUUACCGUUCUAAAGCUUCAUGGCAAGAGGUUGCUGGUGUUUUGGUUUUCUCGGCAAUUCCAUUCACGGCGGUGAAAGCUAUCGCCAAUAGUCCUCUUGGGGAGGCGUUACAGAGGCGAAUGGAGGAAAAGAAGCAGUUUUAUCAGGAGAAUUCUUCAAAUUUUAAGGCACUUGCGGACGAGGCCAGAAUGGAUAGCAUGUGGUAUGGAGAGGAUCGUCCUCGCUGGCUUGGUCCAAUCUCAUUCAAAUAUCCUACCUAUCUCACCGGCGAACUACCUGGAGACUAUGGUUUUGAUGUUGCAGGUCUGAGCAAGGAUCCAAUAGCCUUGCAAAAGCUUUUUAAUUUUGAAGUACUGCAUGCCAGGUGGGCUAUGCUUGCUGCCCUUGGUGCUUUAAUUCCAGAAUUAUUAGACCUAACAGGAACCUUUCAUUUUGUGGAACCUGUUUGGUGGCGAGUGGGCUAUUCAAAGCUCAAGGGUGAUACAUUGGACUAUCUUGGCAUCCCUGGUCUCCAUGUGGCUGGAAGUCAAGGAGUGGUUAUCAUAGCCAUAUGCCAAGCCCUUCUAAUGGUUGGUCCAGAAUAUGCAAGAUAUUGUGGUAUUGAAGCUCUGGAGCCUUUGGGAAUUUAUUUGCCCGGUGACAUCAAUUAUCCUGGAGGAGUGCUUUUCGAUCCCUUAAAUCUCUCUGAAGACCCUUUGGCUUUCGAGGAACUGAAGGUGAAAGAGAUAAAAAAUGGGCGCCUAGCUAUGGUUGCAUGGUUAGGCUUCUAUAUUCAAGCUGCUUUGACGGGUGUUUAUACUCUGUAUCUCCAUUCUCCUUUCAAUGUGUUGAUUCCGAUUUGCUCUACCGAUCAUAAUAUAUUGGAUAUAGUUUUUCUUCGUCCACCGUUUAAAAUUCAGAGAAUGAUGGCUGCAAAAGAGGUUUGUAAGGCGGUGUCGGAGGUGGUUACAAAACCUAGCUCUUACCAGAAUGAUCUGCCCAAGCCUGAUGCUAACGGGAUCAGCCACCAUAAUCACCGGAAUGAUCCUGAUAAAUCCAAUGCUUUCAUGAAUGGAGCAAACGGUUUGAGUGAGGAUCUUGUGGUUAAUAAGGACGUUGUUGAGUUGGAUUUGAGUGUUUUAACUGAUUCCGAGGUCGUUGAGGUUCAAGGUGUGAAAUUUGAUGCUAAAAGCGGAAAAUUGGAUACCAAAAGUGCGGAAAUUAGUGAAUUGUUGGAUGGGGGACAUGAUGCUGUGGAAGGGACUAAUGGGAUUUUCGCGGUGGAGAAUGACACCCCCCAAGAUCAACAGAAUUCCCUUGGGGCUGAGGUGCUUGGCGUUGCGAAUGGGACUAAUGGGAUUCUCCCUGUGGAUAAUUGCAGCCCCCAAGAUCAACAGAAUUCCCUUGGUGCCAAGGGACACGUUGUGAAUGGGGCUAAUGGGAAUCUCAUGGUGAUAAAUGGCAUUCCCCAAGAUCAACAGAAUUCCCUUGGGAAUGGGGUUGGGGUUCAAGGUGCUGAUACUGAUACUGAUGCUAUGGAGGAGCAAGGUGGAAAAACUGAGAAUGGGGCAGCAGGUGAAAUAAAGCAGGUUCAGGGCCAAACUGGUAAAACAGAAAGCAAUACAGAAGAUGAUUUAGAACUGGUUCAGGACCAAUCUGGAGAAACCAAAAGCAAUGCAGAAGAUGAAAUAGAACAGGUUCAGGACCAGACUGGAAACACAGAAUGGAAUGAAGAAGAUGAAAUAGAACAGGUUCAGGAACAAUCUGGAAAAACAGAAAGCAAUGCCGAAGAUAAAACCGAAAGCAAUGCAGAAGAUGAAAUAGAACCGGUUCAGGACCAAACUGGAAAAGCGGAAAGCAAUGCAGAAGAUGAACAGGUUCAGGACCAAUCCGGAAAAACAGAAAGCAAUGCUGAAGAUAAAACAGAAAGCAAUACAGAAGAUGAAAUAGAACCGGAUCAGGACCAAACUGGAAAAGCAGAAAGCAGUGCACAAGAUGAAAUAGAACCGGUUCAGGAUCAAACUGGAAAAACAGAAAGCAAUGCAGAAGAUGAAAUAGAACAGGUUCAGGGCCAAUCGGGAAAAACAGAAAGCGGUGCAGAAGAUGAAAUAGAACAGGUUCAGGAUCAAAAUGAAGAAACUAUAAGUUUGGUCAAAGCUGAAAUAGAGAAAGUUGAGGAUCGGACAGAAUUGGAGUCCUUCCCUAGUGUGAUUGCGAAUCAGAAAUCUCUAGUGGGGUUGGAUACACAAUUAGCUGAGGGUGUGGAAUUAAAUAAUUCGUUGUCGGACAUUAUUUUGUCUUGUGAUGCCAUUGAAAAAUGCCCCGGUUAUAAUCGAGCACUUGAUGUGGUUGCAGAUGUUGUUGAAUGUGAAUUACGAAAGAUUGAAGUUGGGGAGGUGAGCUCAGAGGAAGUUCCCGUUACCACUUCUAUGCAUUUGGAUCCCAAAUCCUGGCCACUUAUUAAUGAGGAAAAGAGAAAGACAGAAUUAGAAGCAGGGAAGUCUCGGACAUUGUUUUCGAGGCGCUGGGCUGACAUGGUGAAAACUCCCUCGACGAAAACAGUAAUUGUUCAUGACCAUGCUUCUAAAGUAAAUAAAGAAAAUUUCCCUCUACCUCCAAGUCCUGAAGAACCGGUUGAACAUCCUGAUUGCAGUGAAGCAUCACCUAAAGCUGUAAAAUCUGAAAUUUUGAUUGAUGUUUGCCGACCAACUGACAACUUUCCAGCUUCAAUUUUUGAGGCUCAUGAACCUCAACUUAAAAAUUCUGAUGCUAAAAGCACUGACGAGGUUUCUUCUUCAUCUAGUGAUGGUCUAAGACUAAAAAUUAAUGAGGAGAACGACCCAGUUGUUGACAACAUAAUUCUAGAUUGUACCACCAAUGAUGCAAAUGAAUGUGAGGACAAUGGGAAUGGAAUUUCAACAGCUUCUCCAAAAGGUUCUACUGAUGUCAUGCUUGCUCAAGAAAACUUGAGUGUUGAGGGUGCAACAAGGCCAUUCUUUCUUGUUAGGAUUCCAAAGUUUAAUGAUAGGAAACUGAGAGAACAGAUAAAACAUGCUCAGCUAGAAGUUGAUGAGAAGACUCGGCUCAGGAAUGUUAUUCAACUUAAAAUUCAGAAGACAAGGGAAAACUAUCGAGCUCGUGGUGCUCAAUAUGAAGCUGCCAUGAUUGAAAGAGGAGCUGCAAGGAAGUUAGUGAGAUCAAAGCGCUCGGAAAUAGAUAAUCUUCAUUCUGUUAUUAACAGAGCCAAAAGUGUGAUGACUCUUGAGGAUUUGGAUAGACGAAUAUGCAAUAUGGAACAUAUGACACAGCAUGAAACCCUUACCCUAAAGGAGGAAAAACAGCUCAUUCAUGAAAUCAAACAAUUGAAACAGCAGCGUGAAAAAUUGUCUCGUGGCAUUGGUAGCCAAAAUGAAAUCCAACAGGCUUUGGACCAGAGAGAGGAAGUUGAAGAGCAUUUGAAGAUCUUAAAGAAGGAGCUCGAUGGCCUCAAAGAUAGGAUCUCAAAAAUUGAAGAAGCUGCUACUGCUGCAGGUAGGGAACGUGAAGAUGAAAAUAGGAAAGCUGAAGAACUACGCGUUCAGUUCAGAGCUGCAGAUGAUAUUCGCCAAACAGCAUAUGCUCAAUUGCAGAGUCUGAGAAAAGAACUUUUUGAGAAGAACGAAUAUUUUCGCAAGUACAUGGGUGAUGCAGCUGCAGCCAGGGAUUGUGCAUUUAACAAAGAUAGAGAGGGGCUUCACCAUCUUUGCGUAAAUCAGGUGGAAACAAUAAUGAAACUCUGGAACACGGACGAUGAGUUCAGAAAGGAAUAUGUGAAGCAAAAUGAAAGGAGUGCUCUCACGAGAUUUGGAACUCUGGAUGGUCGUUCGCUAUGCCUUGACAAGGCACCACCUAAUCGUCCCAGUUACGUGGAUGAAAGAGUUGGUAAGCUGGGUUUAAUGCCAGCGAAGGCUGGUUCCAUACAAAGUUCUCCUCUGGAAUUUUUAGAACCUAAGAAUAGGGCGAUGACAAAUAAGGAACUUUCUAAACCUGUAUUGGUGAAUGCCUUAGCAACUGUUUCUGGCGAGGAUGUGAUCAAUGAGAUAGACAAAAAACCAAUGAAAUCAAAGGAAGAGGUGGAGCUGAAAAGGAAUGUGGAGGAGGAAUCGAGAGAGGAGGCUAAGGCCAAGUUGAAAGAGCGACUUAAGCUGGAGGAAAUAGAAAAGGCUAAGUCGGCACUUGAGAGGAAGAAGAGGAAUGCAGAAAAAGCACGAAAGCGAGCUGAACAACGAGCACAGAAGGAAGCUGAAAAGAAAGAAAAGGAGAGGGAGAAGAGGUUGAAAAAGAAGGAACAAAAGACUCCAAGAGAAGUACAUGAGAACACGAAUGUAAGUGAGGCCGUGCAAAGCACUAAAAGUCAAAUAGAAAUUGUGGAGGAGACCGAUGGGAUAAAGGAGACGAAUUCUGCAGCAGCAGCAAGUACUAAAAGACUUUCAAAACAAAGUAAGUCGAAAUAUAAUAUCCCUCCAGCAGCUGUUCGCAAUCGAAACAAGAAAAGGUGGCAGCCUUGGAUGUGGCUGAUUUUGGCAUGCCUCACAGUGGUUGCUCUAUUAUUGCUGGGAAAUACGGGUGUGAAAUUUGAUACUCAAAGCGGAAAAUUGGAUACCAAAAGUGCGGAAAUUAGUGAAUUGUUGGAUGGGGGACAUGAUGCUGUGGAAGGGACUAAUGGGAUUUUCGCGGUGGAGAAUGACACCCCCCAUGAUCAACAGAAUUCCCUUGGGGCUGAGGUGCUUGGCAUUGCGAAUGGGACUAAUGGCAUUCUCCCUGUGGAUAAUUGCAUUCCCCAAGAUCAACAGAAUUCCCUUGGGGGUGAGGGACACGUUGUGAAUGGGGCUAAUGGGAAUCUCCUGGUGAUAAAUGGCAUUCCCCAAGAUCAACAGAAUUCCCUUGGGGGUGAGGGACACGUUGUGAAUGGGGCUAAUGGGAAUCUCCUGGUGAUAAAUGGCAUUCCCCAAGAUCAACAGAAUUCCCUUGGUAUUGGGGUUGGGGUUCAAGAUGCUGAUACUGAUCCUGAUGCUAUGGAGGAGCAAGGUGGAAAAACUGAGAAUGGGGCAGCAGGUGAAAUAAAGCAGGUUCAGGGCCAAACUGGUAAAACAGAAAGCAAUACAGAAGAUGAUUUAGAACCGGUUCAGGACCAAUCUGGAGAAACCAAAAGCAAUGCAGAAGAUGAAAUAGAACAGGUUCAGGACCAGACUGGAAACACAGAAAGGAAUACAGAAGAUGAAAUAGAACAGGUUCAGGAACAAUCUGGAAAAACAGAAAGCAAUGCUGAAGAUAAAACCGAAAGCAAUGCAGAAGAUGAAAUAGAACCGGUUCAGGACCAAACUGGAAAAGUGGAAAGCAAUGCACAAGUUGAACAGGUUCAGGACCAAUCUGGAAAAACAGAAAGCAAUGCUGAAGAUAAAAAAGUAAGCAAUACAGAAGAUGAAAUAGAACCGGAUCAGGACCAAACUGGAAAAGCGCAAAGCAGUGCACAAGAUGAAAUAGAACCGGUUCAGGAUCAAACUGGAAAAACAGAAAGCAAUGCAGAAGAUGAAAUAGAACAGGUUCAGGACCAAUCUGGAAAGACAGAAAGCAGUGCACGAGAUGAAAUAGAACAGGUUCAGGACCAAUCUGGAAAAACAGAAAGCGGUGCAGAAGAUGAAAUAGAACAGGUUCAGGAUCAAAAUGAAGAAACUAAAAGUUUGGUCAAAGCUGAAAUAGAGAAAGUUGAGGAUCGGACAGAAUUGGAGUCCUUCCCUAGUGUGAUUGCGAAUCAGGAAUCUCGAGUGGGGUUGGACACACAAUUAGCUGAGGGUGUGGAAUUAAAUAAUUCGUUGUCGGACAUUAUUGUGUCCUGUGAUGCCAUUGAAAAAUGCCCCGGUUAUAAUCGAGCAAUUGAUGUGGUUGCAGAUGUUGAAUGUGAAUUACGAAAGAUUGGAGUUGGGGAGGUGAGCUCAGAGGAAGUUCCCGUUACCACUUCUAUGCAUUUGGAUCCCAAAUCCUGGCCACUUAUUAAUGAGGAAAAGAAAAAGACAGAAUUAGAAGCAGAGAAGUCUCGGACAUUGUUUUCGAGGCGCUGGGCUGACAUGGUGAAAACUCCCUCGAGGAAAACAAUAAUUGUUCAUGACCAUGCUUCUAAAGUAAAUAAAGAAAAUUUCCCUCUACCUCCACGUCCUGAAGAACCGUUUGAACAUCCUGAUUGCAGAGAAGAAUCACCUAAAGCCGUAAAAUCUGAAAUUUUGAUUGAUGUUUGCCGAACAACCGACAACUUUCCAGCUUCAAUUUUUGAGACUCAUGAACCUCAACUUAAAAAUUCUGAUGCUAAAAGCACUGACGAGGUUUCUUCUUCCUCUAGUGAUGGUCUAAGAUUAAAAAUUAAUGAGGAGAACGACCCAGUUGUUGACAACAUAAUUCUAGGUUGUACCACCAAUGAUGCAAAUGAAUGUGAGGACAAUGGGAAUGGAAUUUCAACGGCUUCUCCAAAAGGUUCUACUGAUGUCAUGCUUGCUCAAGAAAACUUGAGUGUUGAGGCUGCAACAAGGCCAUUCUUUCUUGUUAGGAUACCAAAGUUCAAUGAUAGGAAACUGAGAGAACAGAUAAAACAUGCUCAGCUAGAAGUUGAGGAGAAGACUCGGCUCAGGAAUGUUAUUCAACUUGAAAUUCAGAAGACAAGGGAAAACUAUCGAGCUCGUGGUGCUCAAUACGAAGCUGCAAUGAUUGAAAGAGGAGCUGCAAGGAAGUUAGUGAGAUCAAAGCGCUCGGAAAUAGAUAAUCUUCAUUCUGUUAUUAAUAGGGCCAAAAGUGUGAUGACUCUUGAGGAUUUAGAUAGACAAAUAUGCAAUAUGGAACAUAUGACACAGCAUGAAACCCUUACCCUAAAGGAGGAAAAACAGCUGAUUCGUGAAAUCAAACAAUUGAAACAGCAGCGUGAAAAAUUGUCGCGUAGCAUUGGUAGCCAAGAUGAAAUCCAACAGGCUUUGGAGCAGAGAGAGGAAGUUGAAGAGCAUUUGAAGAUCUUAAAGAAGGAGCUCGAUGGCCUCAAAGAUAGGAUCUCAAAAAUUGAAGAAGCUGCUACUGCUGCAGGUAGGGAACGUGAAGAUGAAAAUAGGAAAGCUGAAGAACUACGCGUUCAGUUCAGAGCUGCAGAUGAUAUUCGCCAAACAGCAUAUGCUCAAUUGCAGAGUCUGAGAAAAGAACUUUUUGAGAAGAACGAAUAUUUUCGCAAGUACAUGGGUGAUGCAGCUGCAGCCAGGGAUUGUGCAUUUAACAAAGAUAGAGAGGGGCUUCACCAUCUUUGCAUAAAUCAGGUGGAAACAGUGAUGGAACUCUGGAACACGGACGAUGAGUUCAGAAAGGAAUAUGUGAAGCAAAAUGAAAGGAGUGCUCUCACGAGAUUUGGAACUCUGGAUGGUCGUUCGCUAUGCCUUGACAAGGCACCACCUAAUCUUCCCAGUUACGUGGAUGAAAGAGUUGGUAAGCUGGGUUUAAUGCCAGCGAAGGCUGGUUCCAUACAAAGUUCUCCUCUGGAAUUUUUAGAACCUAAGAAUAGGGCGAUGACAAAUAAGGAACUUUCUAAACCUGUAUUGGUGAAUGCCAUAGCAACUGUUUCUGGCGAGGAUGUGAUCAAUGAGAUAGACAAAAAACCAAUGAAAUCAAAGGAAGAGGUGGAGCUGGAAAGGAAUGUGGAGGAGCCAUCGAGAGAGGAGGCUAAGGCCAAGUUGAAAGAGCAACUUAGGCUGGAGGAAAUAGAAAAGGCUAAGUCGGCACUUGAGAGGAAGAAGAGGAAUGCAGCGAAAGCUCGAAAGAGAGCUGAACAACGAGCACAGAAGGAAGCUGAACAGAAAGAAAAGGAGAGGGAGAAGAGGUUGAAAAAGAAGGAACAAAAGACUCCAAGAGAAGUCCAUGAGAACACGAAUGUAAGUGAGGUCGUGCAAAGCACUAAAAGUCAAACAGAAAUUGUGUUGGAGAACGAUGGGAUAAAGGAGACGAAUUCUGCAGCAACAGCAAGUACUAAAAGACUUCCAAAACAAAGUAAGUCGAAAUAUAAUAUCCCUCCAGCAGCUGUUCGCAAUCGAAACAAGAAAAGGUGGCAGCCUUGGAUGUGGCUGAUUUUGGCAUGCCUCACAGUGGUUGCUCUAUUAUUGCUGGGAAAUACGGGUGUCUUUGCAAAUGCAAAUCACAAGUGGUGGUGA